AUGGGAGAUGCAAGAGGUGACGACCUGAAAGGUAUGAGCACCGACCGCCUUAAACUGGAAUUAUUGGAAGAAAUCCAUAUGAAAGACUUAGUACAAAUCUCAAUACUUGAAAUGAGACAAAAGAUAGUGGAACUGGAAGCCAAACUCAAAAAUGACAAUGAAAGCAAUGAAUGGAGAAUCCGUUAUGAGACCCAACUUGAACUGAAUGAAGAACUAGAAAAGCAAAUUGUUACUCUCAGAGAGAAACUGGAAAAAAUCCGUGGAAAUCCUUCAGACAGACUAUCUUCUAUUCGUGUCUAUGAGCAGAUGCCAGUGGAAUCCUUAAGUGCAUUACUUAAACAGCUAGAAAAAGAAAAAAGGAGCCUUGAAAGUGAAGUGAAAGACUAUGCACUUAGACUGGAACGAGAAUCGAAGGCUCACCACCAGACCAAUGAGGAACGCCGUAUAAUCCUAGCUAAAAUGACCCAGGUCUCUGGCUCAUACCAAGUCUCUAAAAAACAACCAGUGAAUCACCUGCAGAGACCGAAAGAGAAUCCAGCAAAAACAGGAAGAUAUAAUCCACCCAAUCAAAAGAUCGUAAAUGCCAAGAGAGAACCAGCAAAAAAGACUACAAGAUCAACUCAUCUUCCAAAACUCAAUCCAUGA